UGAGGAUUAGUUUUUCGUUGCGAGGUCGAUCGAUAGAUGAAAUGGAGCUAUUGACAUAACACUAAAAGGAUUAAUACUCAUAUUGACACAAGUUAUGAUUUCUCUAAAUCGUUUCACAAACAUCUGAUCAAUUCUUGUCUAAUCUAGUUGCUUUCUCGGUUCAGUCUACAAUUUUAUAUUUAUUUUCAUAUUUCAUGCUUAAUAAUAAUAAUUGCUGUAAAUGGGUUAAUGCAUCAGUACAUGUAUAUGUUCAUGUUUGUCUGAACGCUUUAAAUUUUAGACUUUAUUUUUCUCUUAAGUGUAUUAAAAUGUAUGAAGUUGAACUGAUGUUUUAUUGCAUAUUAGAUAUGUAUGCGCAACGAAUUAAAUGUCAUGAAAUUGUAUGUUUAAAGCUUAUGAAAACUGUUCACACACAAUCUAAUUAACUUAAACAGGUAAAUAAAAAGAUAUUUUGAUAUUUUGGUUAUAAAAUGUUUCAUUUAUUUAAAAAAUGUGUUCGGAAAUUACAUUUGGCUAUAUUUUGUUUUGCUUGUUUGUUUUUCGUGCUGAAUUUACAAUAAGACAUUCUUAUAAGAUUUCCACAUAUUUUUGAGUUGUUUUGAGACUUUUCAUUGGUGCUUCCGGCUUAACUCCUGGACUUCCGGGUUAGUGUUGUUUGCUAAUAAGAGUCGACUGGAGGUCAUGUAAUAAAGUGUGUCUCUGGGCUUGUUGACUAGUAAUCCGCGUAAUCCCGUGGCUACUGCAAAAACAUUAUUGUUUGUAUAAUCGCGUUGUGCUUCUUGAAUCAGUCAUGUCGCAAGCUUCGUCUGGUUUCACUCCGGCUGCUCAAGUCCCACAUGGGUCUAGUAAGAGUCCUUUUAAUGCCUCGUAUAUUCCCAAUGAAGAAGAGAGGCGUGUCUUCAAAGAGUGCAAUUCAGAAAGCUUCUGGUACAGAUCCUUGCCAUUUUCUGCCAUUGCAAUUGCAGCCACUUCGGUAAUGGUAUCAAGAGGAAUCCUUACUCCAUCACCCCGAUUUGGCUCUCUUCCCAAAGUUGUGUUUGCUGGCGUGUUUGGAUACAUUACUGGGAAAAUGUCUUACAUGAGUGUCUGUGAAGAAAAGUUUAUGAAACUGGAGAACUCCCCACUGGGAGAUGGGCUACGACAGGAACGUCUGCAUCACAUACCUUCAGAGCUAAACCAGUCACAAUCUCAACGGUCUGUUUCGGAGUCUGCGUUCCAACCUUCAACAGAAGUCAGUUCUGUGACAGAGAGCCACAGCAGUUACACCAGUGACUAUCCCUACAGCAGUCCCUCCCAAUCAUACGACCCCACUCCUUUCAGUUCUGGAUUCAGUGAUUCUGGCCCUGUUAACAUCAGGGAUGAUAUUUCUCCUCAAGCUCCGCUCUAUCCAGAUGAGGAUGUGCCCAAAAAGAAGCCAGUGUUGUAUGAGGAACUGCGUAGCAAGAAUAGAGAGAACUAUGAGGUCACUCUCACACAGAAAGCUGAAACACUGAUGAAAUCAGUACCUAAGAAGGAAGUUAAAAAAAACAUAUAUGGAGAUGCUUGGGAAGAGUAAUCAACUGUCCGAGGAGCUCAAGAUCUGAACGCAGUGACUUCUGUGGAGUUGUCAUGACUCCUUCUGCCAUGCUGAAUGUACUUUAUGGAGUAAAACUCCUUACAAAAUUACUCUAUUUUCUUUUGAUGGCACAUUUGUGGUUUGAAAACAAAUGUUUCGCUUUUUGACUUCUUGCUUUACGCAAACUUAAGAUUAAUAAUUUUAACAAACUGUCAGUGUUUUUAUUGAUUAGGAAAUUCUGGCCGGAUAUUUGUUAAUAAAUAAAUAAAAUUAUAUAAUAACAAUA